AUGCAUCCAUUUAAUCAACCUACCAAUUUUUGGUACCAGGUCCCUAUUGGAUCCGAUGUGGAAUUAGCUCAGAUUCCAUGUAAUGACGACAGUAGACAUGAUUUGCUGUUAUCCUGCAAGGUUGAAGGUUAUAUUAAUAUAUACGUCAGAUCACAGCUCAAAAGACAUGAAUUGGAAAAGGCUGGGCUUAUAUCUAUUGAAUUUGCGGAAUUAUGUCAGGCUUAUGAUGAAGAAUUAAAUGUAUCAGAACAUUUAGCAUCACGCAAAGACAAAUAUUAUAAGAGUGCAUCCUAUACGAUUGUAGAUAAUGAUGAUAACGAUCAAAUUGAUGUAAAAUUGAAGGUUGGUUAUGUUAUAGAUGUUUUGGAAGAUUUAUAA